UGUGAAGUUCCUUGACUACAGAGAUUCUGCUUGAAACAUCUGAUGUGCACACCACGCAGCAGUUUGCUAACAGCAGGUCAAGCUUGUCCUCUGUCCAGGGUUAAAAAUUAAAACAGCUCCAAGAGACGGUGACAUGAGAUGACUUCACAUUUCUCUUCAGGAGAUGACACCUUCCUUUUUCUAAGAAGUGAUAAAGACAAGCGUUGUCACAAGCGUUGUUUCCCAGAGAGAUCUAACUGUUAAUUUCUUCAAGCAAUUAACCAGAGCUACUGUAACAGACACACAGUUUAUCUGCCCAUAGGUAGCCAUGCAGUUGCUGCUAGCAGAUGGCCUGUGUGGAAUGACCCCGCGCGAUGGCUCCAUCGUCGGUGGUCUCUUCUUCAUGAUGGUGGGCGUGAUGCAGCUGACGUUUGAAGCAGGCAACAUAAAUCUGGCCCUAGCAGGGCCCGGCAAUGUCACCAACGGCACCUGGGUGCCUCUCUCAGGCCUGCAGUGCUACUACACCCUCAUUGCCAUGGAGACCGUCUGCAUCCUGAUGGCUAUGGUGAUGCUGGCCGCGGUGUGGACUCGCAAUGCAUGGGGCCUGUUGUGCUUCGGUGCCUGGAUGACUUUAUUUGACCUGGCCCUAGUGGCCAUCGUCUCCCUCCUGUACCUGGAGCUGAAGAAGGUAGGCUUGGCGAUAGACUCCUUGGCCUGGUGUGGCCUGGCCUGUCGAAUCAUUACUGACCCCUUCUGGCUGAUCUUCAUCAUUACAUACGGGCUGCAGCUGUGGGAGGAGAAGAACCAGCACAAAGACGUGCGCAAGAGGAGGAACACGGAGGGCAGACCGGGCGGGGUGAAGUUCAAGGGCUUUGACAGUGGCAUCUGAUGAUGGGAGGACUUGGAGAAACCUAGAAGCAAUGGAGGCUUGGGACCAUAAAAAAUGUGAAACCUUUUCAGCUAUUAAAUGACAGAUCCAAUUAAAUUCCCUUGUAAUGUACAUGGUGGCUGUUGAGUGAAUGAUUUAGCCUACCUUAGUAUUCAGGUGAGAUGACUAAAUACAAAACACACUGAAAAAUGUUUUUCUUUCAUUUUUCCUUGGACCGUGGACGCCAAAUAUGUUUUUUAAUGUGGGCCUACUUGAAUGUCGACAUUUCAGUUACAGUGUCUACGUACAUGAUGGUAAGUUAUUUGUUGAAUUCAUAUUUUGAAUUAUAUUGUAGUCCAGAACAGUUAGGCUAUGAGUUGUGUUUCGAUACACUUAACUUUUAUCUGUAAAAUAAAUGAGCAUUCAACGAA